UUUUUUAAAAACGAAUUGACAGUAGAGUGGAUAAAAUAUUGAUAAAGAGAUUAUUUUCUUUAUCUAAUUACUAAUUUUGAUGUUUUUUCGUCCUAAAAAUAAAAUUUUUAGUGACAUUAUUAAUUUUAAAUGCCACACGCAAGGGUCAUACUUAGAAUAGAGACGAAAUACAAUCAAGCUCUGAAAGCUAAUUUUGCUUACAAUGCUCCAGAUUUAAAAAAAGAUCAAGAAUACAACGGAAAAACGACUCAACCAAUCACUGAUGAGGACAACAACAAUCAUCGCAUAGAACCCACCAGUAUAACAUCUCCAGAAGAAAUAAAAAUCUUAAAAGGCAGACGAGAGUAUCAUCAAAUUGUCAUAGAAUCUUAUAUCAAUGAGAUGAUAACGGCAAACUCUAAAGGAGGAGAGUCUGCUUAUGAUGAUGAUGUAGAGAAGAGUGGAGAAUCUGUAACACCAUCAUCACAACCACCACCAUCAUCAACAACAACAUCAUCAACAACAACAACCAACAACAACAACUACAACAGCAGUAGCAUCUCUAGCAUUGACAUCGUCAACAAAAUCAUCUGAAGGAUUUUUUCCUAAUUCCAGCAAACCGUCUUUUAAAGAUGUUCUGCUUUCAUCGUCAUCUUCAUCUGGGAAUAAGAUGUUUAAAAAUGAACCUAACCUCAAAUCCACUGAUGACAACACUGGCUCUGAUGAUUAUAACAGUAAUUUGAAAGGGACCAAAAACCAAGUUGUGAGAUUUUUUUCUGGGAACCCAGCAGUUGAAACUGUGGAAGGCUUUUUGCAUCUAUACAAAGAAGUGUUCGACAGUUCUGAUUUGCUGCCAAGUAGUCACAUGAUCAGUAUCAUUUGCAUACCAGCCACAUUCUGUUUGCAGGAUUUGCUGCAGUUUCUCAGGCCAAUUAGUAACGACCUGGAGUUGAUCCGUAUCGUAAAACCUGCCUCACCCAACGAGUACAUGGCUCUCCUCAAGUUCCGCAGUUUGGAUAGCGCGCAUGAGUUUUACAAAACCUUCAAUGAUACACCAUUCAACAGCAUAGAGCCUGAUAUCUGUCACUUAGUCUUCGUGGCGAAAAUCGAAUGCAUUUCUUCUGAAAAUGGCGGCGGUAAAGCCAUUCCAAAUGCUGUAGAAUUGCCUGUCUGUGCUGUCUGCCUUGAGAAAAUGGAUGAGUCAGUGGAAGGAAUCCUGACCAUACUCUGUAAUCAUUCCUUCCAUGCCCCAUGCAUGGCUCAGUGCGAAGAUACAACCUGCCCGGUCUGUCGAUACAUACAGACUCCAAUGCCUGUAGCUGGUAACAAGUGUAUACAGUGUUCCAUACACGAGGAUUUGUGGAUCUGUUUGAUAUGUGGCGAAGUGGGGUGCGGUAGGUACGCCAAUGGACACGCUUAUGGCCACUUCAAGGAGACCGCCCACACAUACGCCAUGCAAUUAGGUAGCAACAGAGUCUGGGACUACGUUGGGGAGAACUACGUACACCGACUGGUCCUAAACAAGAUGGACGGCAAGUUGGUGGAGGUCGACAACAGGGGCAAUGAGGUCAUCGACCCCAGUACCUUACUGCACCAGGAAGAAAAAAUUGAAUCUCUAUCCCUCGAGUAUGCCUACCUGCUGACCAGCCAGUUGGAAUCUCAGAGGGAAUACUUUGAGAAGAAGAUGAUGUACCUGGAAGAUCAGAAGUGUAAGGAGCUGGAGGAGGCGGAAAUACAAUGUGAGAAAGUGAAAAUGGAGUGCACUGAAAAGAACAACAUCAUCGCCAACUUCAACAAAGAUAAGAUGGCUCUUGAAAAAAAAUGCGCUCUGUUGAAUACGAAGACGACGAAACUCCAAGCCGAACUAUCUGAGGAACGAGAGAUGAACAAAUGUCUGAGGGAGAAUCAGCUAGUGUGGCAAGCCAAAGUUACGAACCUAGAAAGUAAAUUACUGGAAAAAGAAAAUGAAAUCAAAGAGUUGCAAGACCAACUGCGUGAUAUUAUGUUCUACCUGGAAGCCAAAGAUAGACUGAAAGAGACCAAAGACAUCUCACAGGAGGAAAUAGCUCAGGGCCAAAUAUCGCUCCAGACGGAGGAACCACAUGGCGUCACCGGAAGUAGUAGUGGCGGUGGCGGGAGAAGAAAUCGAAAGAAGAAAUAAAUGGAUGGAUGGAUGGAUGAACGAAUGGAUUCACUCAUUUCAAUCUUUCUGUGAGAUUGUUAACAAAAAAUCUUUUCUUACUUGAAUGUAUGUUGAAUUAAUUUAGAGACAUGCAUCUAUAUACACAUUAAUGUCUAGCUUUCAUCCGACGAAAUUUUAAUUUGAAUGAGCUGUCAUUUAAUUAAUUGAUCGAUUCAUUCAUUCUUUCAUUCAUUCAUUUAUUCAUUCAUUCAUUCAUGCAUUCCUUCAUUCAUUCAUAACUUUUUUCGUUCGUUCAUUUUUUAUUCUCUGUGAAUAAAUUUUUUUCGAAGGUACAUUUAUUCGUUUACUCGCUGAUGUCAUUUAUUUUAUUCAUUCACUCAUUCAUUCACUCAUUCAUUCAUUCAUCCAAUCAUUCAUUCAUUCCAGUAAGAUGUGUUUAUUUUAUAUCCAGCUUAUUUUAUACAUGCAUGGUUAUUGCUGUUGGUAUUUUUCCUGUCAAAACGCCAAAUAAAAUUCAACUUUUCGGGUUUAUCCAUUCAACAAUAAUAAUAAUAAUAAUUAUUAUUUAAUAAUAAUAAUAAAAAAUACUGAAGAGCAAUAAGAAACAAAUGAAUUUGUUUAUUUAUUAGUCUUUAAAAAGUCAAUCGAAAAAGAUAGAAAUGUCAAUCAUAUAUAUAUAUGUAUUAUAUAUAUAUAUAUAUAAUUGUAUAACAUUAUAGACAUUAUAGAUACAUAUACAACAGCUAAUAUUAGUGUAAAUCUAACAAGUUUAAACACACAUACAUACAAACACACAAAAUACAUACAAACAAACACAUAUGCAUGUGUAAACAUAUAUGUAUAUAUAUAUAUAUAGUUUUUUACGUUAUAGAGAGAAAUAUUAACAUUCGUAUUCUUUGUGCGUCGCUAUGAUAUGAUGUAAUAAUGAUACUGAUACAGAUGAUACGAUAUCAUCAUUACUAUUAUUAUAAUAAUUAUUAUUAUUUUGUUAUGCCAUGCGAUGAGAUAUAAAUUAAUUAAACAAAGAUGAUACAUCGUAAUGAAGGUAGAAAUUCUCACCAAAAAAUACGUACACACACGCACACACACGUACACACACGCACGCAGACGUACACACACACGUAAAAAUACGUAUAUAGACAUAUACCCUAUUAUGAUUGCUAAUAUAUUAUCAUCUUGUCAGUUUAAUCGCUAUGUUUCCCGACAGAAAAUAUUACAUAUAAAUUCACCAACUCCCAAUAAGUAUGUCAAUCUAUUUUUGGAUAUCCUGAAUUUUUUCUUUCCACUAUUCUGGAUAUAUCCAUUUCUUAUCCCACUCCUAAAUUCAUACUUUCGACUUAGAAACAUCAUAUUUCUAAUUCUAACCCUUACCCCCCCUAACCCUCAUCUAUCGACAUCUCUUUAAUUUAACCACCUUAUCCACUUCAAGAAUCCAUCCAUCCACCCACACAUUCAUCCAUUCAUUCAUUCAUUCACUCGUAGACCAUAACUUCGCAAAGGACGGCCCCGAACACUCUUCUGUCUUUCUCGACCACCCCUUCAGCCUCCACGAAAACGUACCUACCCACUAGGGGGUUGCCACACUGAAAAUGAAGUCUCGGCCGCAUGAGGGCGUUGUUGAAGCGAGUAAGUUGGCCACAGAAGUUCUCUUUCGCCAUGGUUUGGUGUUUUUGAGGUUUCUUCUGGACGUAGACGGAAAUUUUGUCGAGAUUUUGCAGGUAUUUUCUUACCUGGUCACCACCGAAUGACUGGCGGGGGUCGGUUUGGGUAGAGAAGUCUGAUUGGUCAGUGCCAUUGUGAAUAAAAU